AGGUCCUUUCUGUCUGUAAGAUGGUAGAAGCCACAUGUUCGUGGUAAACAUCUCUGAACUGUAACGUUAGUGUCGGAUCUCUUUCACAAUGGAGUCUGUGUCAGUAACACCGGUGGAGGUGAGCGCUGCUGCGGAGGACUGUGAGGAAAACACGGACUCGUUUGAGAAAGUCACAUCAAAGAGGAGUCAUAAACGGAAGCGGGACGCGACGGAGGUGGACAUGCGGCCCGAGGAGAGCGCGACAGCGGCCAAGAGACCGCAGUUCCCCGCGCUGUCUGGAGCCCAGCUCACGGGAGGCUCGGUGGAGAUGCGCAGGGUGCCUGUUCCUGCUCACCGUUACACUCCUCUGAAGGAGAACUGGAUGAAGAUCUUCACCCCCAUCGUAGAACAUCUGCAGCUCCAAGUGCGGUUCAACCUCCAAACCAGGAACGUGGAGAUCAAGACGUGCAGAGAAACGAGUGACAUCGGCGCUCUGACCAGAGCCGCUGACUUUGUGAAGGCGUUUGUUUUGGGCUUUCAGGUGGAGGAUGCUCUCGCUCUGAUCAGAUUAGAUGAACUCUUUCUGGAGACGUUUGAUGUCACAGACGUUAAACCUCUGAAAGGAGAUCACUUGUCCAGAGCCAUCGGCAGGAUCGCAGGGAAGGGAGGGAAAACCAAGUUCACCAUCGAGAACGUGACCAAAACCAGGAUUGUGCUCGCAGACACGAAGGUUCAUAUUUUAGGAUCUUUCCAGAAUAUCAAAAUGGCUCGAACAGCGAUAUGCAACCUCAUUCUCGGAAGUCCUCCAUCUAAGGUGUAUGGCAACAUCCGGGCGGUGGCGAGCCGCGCAGCCGAGAGGUUUUAACACAUGAAGAAACACAGCUCAUGGACUGAUGCGGAAACAAUGAUUUACUUUAUUAGUGUGAUAUUGGCUUGUAUGUGUGUGUGUGAAUGAUAUGAGCGCUGCGUGAGCCUCAGAGAAUAAACAGAAACCAGACACGUGUGGAUCCAA